AUGGCUGUCAAGUGCGUAGCAGUUUUGGCUGGCAUCAUUGCCUUCACUGGAUUUGCCGCAGCUGGUCCAAAACGCCCUCGUGCCGGAGUUAAUUUCCUCCAACAACUUAAUGGUCCUCAAAGUGAUGUCUCACUAAAGAUUUUGACUAAAACUGGAACAAGGAAUGCCACAGCGCCAUAUUUAUAUGGAUGGAUGUUUGAGGAUAUUAAUCACUCUGGCGAUGGUGGAUUAUACGGCGAGCUUUUAACGAAUCGAGCAUUUGAUGGCUCCACCGUUACUUGGGGAGGUAUUCCUGAUUUUGUGGGUGAUAGUAUUGUAUACCAGGAGAACCCAGUUCAAGCCUAUGGUCCCGUUCUCACGGGAUACAAGCCGGUUGGUAAUACAUCUUUACGGCUCGACAAUCUUCAUCCCUUGACGCAUUCUCACUCUACUGUUCUUCAGCUUGAUAUCCCAACAACAUCAAACCAAUCUACUAGCCCUGUUGGUGUGGAGAACAUGGGGUGGUGGGGCAUUCCAGUCUCCCCACAAAUCUAUAACGUUUCAUUCUUUAUCUAUCCUGAUCAAGUCCGAAAUCAAUUCAAUCUCAACACAAGCAUAACGGUCUCUCUUCAGUCAAACAUUACUGGAGAAAUAUGGGCAUCGACAGUAAUUCCAGCACAGUCAUGGAACGUCGUCAAUUGGACUUACGUUGAAGCUCAAAUCUUCAACACCGUCUCAGCUCCGGAUUCAAACAACUCACUGGCUAUUACCUUUGACCCCAUUGCUGCAUCAGGACAGACCUACUACUUUGAUCAGAUAAGCCUUUUUGCGGAGACUUUCAAAGGCUACAAGAACGGUCUGCGAAAAGACCUUGCUCAAAAUAUCUACGACCUUGGCCCCAAAUUCUUGAGAUGGCCAGGGGGUAAUAAUAUUGAAGGUUAUUCUAUUCAAAGGAGAUGGAAAUGGUGGGAGACAAUUGGUCCACUCGAGAAUCGUUGGGCAAGGCCUGGAAAUUGGGGAUAUUACAACACCAACGGUCUCGGUCUCAUGGAAUUUCUCGAAUGGACAGAGGCCAUGGAAAUGCAGAACGUUCUUGCAAUAUAUAGCGGUUACUCUCUUGGUGAUGCCGGAGAAGGCAAUGCUGACGAGUUCCCUGCUACCCCUGAGGCUAUGUACCCAGUCCUCAAAGAGGCACUUGACGAGCUCGAAUUUUGUAUGGGAUCUACCGACACCUACUGGGGUGGUAAGCGAGCGGAAUAUGGACAUCCCGAGCCUUUUGACAUUCAGUUCGUUGAGAUUGGGAAUGAAGAUUUCUUUGGACAGAAUUAUCCUUUCCGAUUCAAGUAUCUCUAUGAUGGACUUAAGGCAGCAUAUCCGAAUAUCACUUACAUCAGUACGGCUUACGAUGAAAAUUCAGGCUAUACAGUUGAUAUUCCUCCUGGGGCUAUGUGGGAUACCCACCAUUACGAGCCGCCAGCUUUCUUCAUCGACGCCUUUGAUUUCUGGGACAAUUGGCAAGAGGCAACCAACAAUUCAGACGUUACUGUCUUUGUCGGUGAAUACUCUGUUUUUCAAGUCGAUACGCCAUCUGAGGUUGACGAUUUCUCCGAUCCGCCUUCUAUUCACAUCUUCUAUCCGCGACUUAUAUCGGCCAUCGCCGAGGGGGUGUACUUGCUGGGCGCCGAACGGAACCCGCUUGUUGUUAAACUCACAUCCUAUGCUCCUAGUUUGCAGAACUGGAAUUGGUAUAACUGGACACCAAACUUGAUUGCAUUUGAUGCUGAUCCGAUGCACACGGUGUUGAGUGUCAGCUAUUAUUUGCAAAAGCUCUUUAACACAUAUCGCGGCUCUGAAUCUGUCCAGGUGUCAAAUCCCCGUGGUGACUUUGGCCCAUUGUAUUGGGCGUCGAGUGUUGAUGGAGAUAAGAGCGUGUUCUUAAAGGUCAUCAACGUGAAUUCCACAGCAGUUCCUCUGAGUGUGGAACUAGAAAGCCCUUGGAGUUCUGUCAAUGGAACAAUAAUUACGAACGAAGAUCCCAAUGGAUUUAACUACAAGAACAAUGCAACAGCGAUUACCCCUCAGCCACUAAACCUUACGAAGACACGACCUGGCCGGAAUGGAAUUAGGGACUGGGAUGUACCUGGAUACUCCAUCACAGUCCUACAGUUCAACCUGUAA